AUGGAAGUGCAGGCUCUCCUGGCUGUGCCACUGCUGCUGCUCCUGCUCUCUGCACCUCCCUGUGCCCCACAGGCCUCCGGGAUACGGGGAGAUGCUCUGGAGAAGUCCUGCCUUCAGCAGCCCCUAGACUGUGAUGAUAUCUACGCUCAGGGCUAUCAGACAGAUGGUGUGUACCUCAUCUACCCCUCUGGCCCCAGUGUACCAGUGCCUGUCUUUUGUGACAUGACAACUGAGGGUGGCAAAUGGACGGUUUUCCAGAAAAGAUUUAACGGCUCAGUGAGUUUCUUCCGGGGCUGGAACGACUACAAGCUGGGCUUUGGCCGUGCUGAUGGGGAGUACUGGCUGGGGAAGGUGGGGCCACAGGGGCUGCAGAACCUGCACCUCCUGACGCUGAAGCAGAAGUAUGAGUUGCGAGUGGACUUGGAAGACUUUGAGAACAAUACAGCCUAUGCCAAGUAUGUUGACUUCUCCAUCUCCCCCAACGCCGUCAGUGCUGAGGAGGAUGGCUAUACCCUCUACGUGGCUGGCUUCGAGGAUGGCGGGGCAGGUGACUCACUGUCCUACCACAGUGGCCAGAAGUUCUCCACCUUCGACAGAGACCAGGACCUCUUCCUUCAGUACUGUGCAGCCCUCUCCUCAGGGGCCUUCUGGUUCAGAAGCUGCCACUUCGCCAAUCUCAACGGCUUCUACCUGGGUGGUUCCCACCUCUCCUAUGCCAAUGGCAUCAACUGGGCCCAGUGGAAAGGCUUCUACUACUCCCUCAAGCGUACUGAGAUGAAAAUUCGUCGGGCCUGAGGAGCUGGCUCAGGCAGGCCCCAUCCCUCCCCGAAGCCCCAAGUCUCCAAGAUAUACCCACAAGACACUGCUUCUGCUGCUUUCUGAGCACCAGCAAUGCCCUGGCAAAUCCCUGUCCCAUGUCCAGACCCUAUUGCUUUCCUGAGGCUAGGCUGUCAGCAGCCCAUUAGUCCUUUCUGUGGCCCAGCCAUCCCAGCAUGGAUCUGGCUGCACCCUAUAAAAACUCCAAGUUGCUUCUACUCCUUCCUGACAGCUGGAAGCCAAAAGCUACCUUCUAGUUGCCAGCUUUUGCAUUCCACCACAGCCAAUUCCCUUACUGC